ACGAAAUUUGCUAGGCGGAAGUAAAACAUGUAAGAUGGACGCACUGUUAGCUGAAUAAAUCAGAGGGGGGGAAAGAUAAUAUACAAUUAAUACGUAUAAACUCUUACCGUUUCCCCUUGUUAUUUGUUUCGCUUUAUAUAUGAGCAGACAUGGCGAGCACUCUGGAUUUCCGGACCCAUGCUGACCAGUCUUGCAGAUAUGCCGAGGAGUUUGUUAACAUUUACUACGACUGUGUGGACAAGAAAAGGAGGAACCUGACCCGGCUCUACCUGGACAAAGCCACGUUGGUGUGGAACGGCAAUGCGGUUUCAGGACAGGACGCUCUGGGAGAGUUCUUCGAGUCGCUGCCGUCCAGCGAGUUCCAGGUUCAGACUCUGGACUGCCAGCCGGUUCACGAGCAAGCAACCCAAGGCCAGACCACGUUGCUGGUAGUGACUGGUGGGAUCGUCAAGUUCGAAGGGAACAAACAACGAUUCUUCAACCAGAAUUUCCUCCUCACAGCUCAGGCCUCACCAAACAGCGAUCAGCCCGUCUGGAAGAUCGCCAGCGACUGUUUCCGAUUUCAAGACUGGAAUAGCUGAGCCUCGAAGUUCUGUGUUUCUAAACUCGGACUCUCGGCAGCAGCUACGUUUUCAUGAGGCUUUUGUACUUUCUGUAAAGUAAAACUGUAUAAAUUGAGUGCCAAUAAUUUUAUCUUGAAAAGUCAGACACGACAAUAAAGAACCUUGAAAUGUUUUAAUUUCAAACAUUUGAAACCACAAAUUACUGCAAAAAUUCAAGAUGCUUAGCAGCCUGAAUCAGGAUAUAUUCUAUUUCAGGAGGAUUUCUUUGAGUGUGAUAAUAAUGCAGAUUCGUUUUCCCACUGUGAUUAGGGUUCUGUCAGAGUCUGUGUGAAUGUAGCUUUCAUCAAAAACAAUCUGUACUUGGAUUUACACUUGGACUAUUAAUAUUGUGUGAAAAAACCAUUUACACAAAAUAAAGUGUAAGUUUUAUAUUAUUGUUUUUAUUGUCCUUAAUUCUGCAAUGUUGUUGAGUUCAAAGUUUUCUAACUUGCAGGGCAUUAUAACUCCAGCUCACCUCAGCUGCUUUUGCUUUGGGUCUGUAGGAUUGUGUCCUGACCUUUAUUUAUUUAUUUUUUUAUCUUUUCACUGUUCUAAGAAACUAAAUACCAGUUUCCUCUGUAAUUGAUUACAAUCAAAAUGCUGAGGAAAC